AUUCCAAUUGGAUUUGGGAAUUGGGAAUGCUCUCUCUUCGAUCCUCCUCGAAUCUAAUCCCUUCCAUUUACUUUCUUCUUCUUCAUCAUCAACCUUUUCUGCAUGGUUUUUGGCAAGUGUAGAGAGAAGGAAUGGCAUAUAGGGUGGAUCACGAGUAUGAUUACCUAUUCAAGAUCGUCUUAAUCGGGGAUUCGGGUGUCGGAAAAUCUAACAUACUUUCUAGGUUUACCAGGAACGAGUUCUGUUUGGAGUCUAAAUCCACCAUUGGUGUUGAAUUUGCUACAAGGACUCUACAGGUUGAGGGGAAGACGGUGAAGGCACAAAUAUGGGAUACAGCAGGUCAAGAAAGGUACCGAGCAAUCACAAGUGCUUAUUAUAGAGGAGCAGUAGGUGCCCUCUUGGUCUACGACAUAACCAAAAGACAAUCGUUUGAAAACGUGCUAAGGUGGCUUCGUGAGCUAAGAGACCAUGCCGAUUCCAACAUUGUGAUCAUGUUGGCUGGAAACAAGUCCGAUUUGAACCAUCUGAGAGCCGUUCCUGAAAGCGAUGGUCAUGUGUUAGCCGAGAAAGAAGGGCUUGCAUUCCUAGAGACUUCUGCACUAGAAGCACAUAAUGUUGAAAAGGCGUUCCAGACGAUAUUGUUGGACAUCUAUCAGAUCAUAAGCAGGAAGGCACUGGCGGCUCAGGAAGCGGCAGCUGCUGUUCCUGGCCAAGGUACCACCAUAACCGUUACUGAUAGUGGGAACGCUAAGAAUAAACAGAAAACUUGUUGUUCGAACUAAAACUAAAACGAAAUACGUAUUUGUACAUUUGGCGGAUCACGAUUAUGAGAUGCACUGGAAAUACCCAAAACUAACAUUAUGGCAACAACAAUUGGCCCCUUAACUGCACAAGGUUUGCAGGCGUGAGUUUGGUCGACAGAAGACAUGAAAGUGAAAACU